UGCUACCUGUGGUACUGGUAGUGGUCGUGGUGGUGGUGGUGGUGGUGUGAAGAGUAAAGAGUACACACCGGUGUCCUGCUGGGCCGCGUUCCGUUGGGGACCGUAUGGCGUACAGUAUGGCAUACUUCCCCCGAAUCGGGGGGUACCAGCAUACGGCUCGCCUUGCGGGAGCGUGCGGGACCUUGCGCUCCUCGGAGGUGAAUGCUUGGCGGUGUCUGGCAACUAUUGUUUAUCAACAAACCGCAGACGUCCGCCGCUUCACCACUAUAUUUUCAGUGUGGGGGAUGUAAAUGCUAUUUUGACAGCUUAUGCGACGUCACAGAACAUCAAAAACAAUGUGACCAGCCCAGCCCAGCCAGCGUCCAGUCUGCCGCCGCCGCCCCUGCCUGCCACCCACCGACGGCUGCCUGGCUGUCUGUCCUCCCCGAGGCUCCCUGCAGGACUGGCCGUGGCGUGUGCUGGUGACAGUGGUGCAGGAAUGGAGGGUGUGAGGCCGGGCAGCGGCAUGGGUGGCCAGUGCCAGCAGCAGCAGCAGCAGCAGCAGCAGUCAGCCUCAGGUGUGGGGAGGCACAGGCGUGGUGGCAAGGAUCACCAGGAGACAGGCAGCUCUGGCCACACAGGACAGAGCAGGUUUGAGUGCCAGCAGUGUGACAAAACUUUUACCACCAAACAAGGCCUCACCACACACACCCUAGCACACAGUGGUGUUAGGAAUUAUGAGUGUGGUGACUGUGGGAAGAAAUUUGGCAGAAAGUCUACCCUCACCACACACAGCCUGACACACAGUGCUGUUAUGAAUUAUGAGUGUGGUGACUGUGGGAAGAAAUUUACCCAUAAGUCUUAUCUCGCCGUACACAGUGUUACACACAGUGGUGUUAGGAAUUAUGAGUGUGGUGACUGUGGAAAGAAAUUUGGCAGAAAGUCUCACCUCACCAAACACAGCCUGACACACAGUGGUGUUAGGAAUUAUGAGUGUGGUGACUGUGGGAAGAAAUUUACCCAUAAGUCUAACCUCACCACACACAGCCUGAUACACAGUGGUGUUAGGAAUUACAAGUGUGGUGACUGUGGGAAGAAAUUUACCCAAAAGUCUGCCCUCACCAAACACAGCCUGACACACAGUGGUGUUAGGAAUUAUGAGUGUGGUGACUGUGGGAAGAAAUUUACCCAUAAGUCUAACCUCACUACACACAGCCUGACACACAGUGGUGUUAGGAAUUAUGAGUGCGAUGACUGUGGGAAGAAAUUUUCCCAUAAGUCUAACCUCACCACACACAGCCUGACACACAGUGGUAUUAGGAAUUACAAGUGUGGUGACUGUGGGAAGAAAUUUACCCAAAAGUCUCACCUCACCAAACACAGCCUGACACACAGUGGUGUUAGGAAUUAUGAGUGUGGUGACUCUGGGAAGAAAUUUACCCAAAAGUCUAACCUCACCACACACAGCCUGACACACAGUGGUGUUAGGAAUUAUGAGUGUGGUGACUCUGGGAAUAAAUUUACCCGUAAGUCUAGCGUCACCACACACAGCCUGACACACAGUGGUGUUAGGAAUUAUGAGUGUGGUGACUGUGGGAAGAAGUUUAGCCAAAAGGGAAACCUCACCACACACAGCCUGACACACAGUGGUGUUAGGAAUUAUGAGUGUGGUGACUGUGGGAAGAAAUUUAGCCAAAAGGGAAACCUCACCACACACAGCCUGACACACAGUGGUGUCAGGAAUUAUGAGUGUGGUGACUGUGGGAAGAAAUUUACCCAAAAGUCUUCCCUCACCAAACACAGCCUGAUACACAGUGGUGUUAGGAAUUAUGAGUGUGGUGAGUGUGGGAAGAAAUUUUUCACAAAGUUUAAGCUCACCACACACAGCCUGACACACAGUGGUGUUAGGAAUUAUGAGUGUGGUGAGUGUGGAAAGAAAUUUAACCGAAAGUCUACCCUCACCAAACACAGCCUGACACACAGUGGUGUUAGGAAUUAUGAGUGUGGUGAGUGUGCGAAAAAAUUUACCCAAAAGUAUGCCCUCACCACACACAGCCUGACACACAGUGGUGUUAGGAAUUAUGAGUGCGGUGAGUGUGGGAAGAAAUUUACCACAAAGUAUGGUCUCACCACACACAGCCUGACACACAGUGGUGUUAGGAAUUAUGAGUGUGAUGAGUGUGGCAAAAGGUUUCCUACCAUUUCUUGUCUUAAUAAACACACCUUCAGACACACUGGGUUGAGGGAGUUCAAGUGUGAUGACUGUGGCAAGUGUUUCAAGACAAAGGCUGAUAUUGCCAGACAUGUGAAGGUCCACUUUUGAGGUGGGGCCACAGCCGUGCCUGUGGUGGCGGCUGUGUCUGUGUGUGCUGUGAGGGAGUAAUGAGACAAGAAGCAGUUGUUUUGUUGGUGGCGCAGGUGUGCCUUUCAAUAAAUGUGUGUGUGUGUAACAUGGUGACAA